UUAAACAGCUGAUCGAAAAAAUAACUAAAAUCAAAAGUAAACAAUUUGGAAACACGGACGCUAAAGCCAUGAGCUUCUCGGAAAAUACAUCCGAUUCAGACUGGAAGGCGGCCAGGGUGAAAGUGGCGCGGACCAUCAAGGAAUCCUCGAAACAAACCAAGGAGCAGAGAUCCAAGUCGCCCAGGACCUUUAAGCCCAAAUACAAUCAGAAAUUCUGCGAAAAGUGGCUGAAGAUCUUCGACCCAUGGCUGCGACGAGCUGCCGAGGAUCCCAACAAGCCCUUCUGUCGCGCCUGCCACUGCACCAUGGACUGCAACCGGUGCCACCUGGUGCGGCACGAGCGGACCACCAAGCACAAGCGCAAUCUGGAGGCACUGCUCACCAAGGGCGAGGGGGCGGCGCUCCAGGAGUUCCGGAUUCGCCAGGAGCGUAGCAAGUAUUACCAUCAGCGGAAGUUGGCCAUGCGGCAGGAUGAGGAUGAGCAGGCGGCGGAACAGCAGGACUUGAAUACACCCACAGGGACUACUGCAGAUCCUGUCCCCAUGGUGGAGCUUCCAGAUCCGAAUUUCUGCACCCCCACCAUGGAAAAAGUGGCAAUGCCCAAACAAGAGCUGCUCUCGGAAACGGAAGUCAACACUAAGGCUUCGGAAUCAACAGCCAACCCGCCCAGAUGCAGUGGCUCCUCCAACCAGGAGGGCCUCAAGUUACUCAUGCAGAUCCACCAGGACAAGAACGAGUUGAUGGACUCCUUUCGCGAGCUGAUGGGCAGCCAGACACAGAACCACACUCAGCCGCCCAAGGAGAAGAACCAUGUGGAUCUGUUCUUCGAGAGCGUUAGUUCCAGUGUGAAGGCGUUGUCCCCAAAGCUGGUGGCAGAGGCCAAGAUGCGGGUGUCUCAGCUGAUCUGCGAACUGGAGCUGCGCAGCCUCAACGAGGACAGCUCCAAGGAAGCAGGCGCAAAUGGCUUGCAUAUACUCCGACCAUCAAGACAUGAUGGUCAAACGAUGACCCAGCCACCUGGUUUCGGCGGCAUCAUUUGAGGUUCAACGGAUAGAUGCAAUAAUUAGGUCUUUAUUUGCUAUUUCUGUUGUUAAAUAACUAAUUAAAUAGGCCGUACUUUUACCAAGUGUAUAAAAACUUCUGUUAAGAUGUUGAAAUAUUAAAUAAAUAUUUGAAUUUGUA